AUGUCUAAAUUUUUUAACGAGAAAGCGAGGAAAUACCUGGAAUAUCUGUUUAUGAAUGCAGACACAACUGUUACCGAUAACACAGGAAGAGACUUUAUCUUUUGGAUAAGCAGGGAAUACCAUUACGACAGAAUCCUAUCUGAUGUCAUAUUUUGGGUAACAACAGCAAAGAAGGAAUCAGAAAGAACAGCCGCAAGCUGCCUUUCUGUCAACGCGAACAUUCAACCAAGAUGGAUAGGAGAUAUAUCAGAUUGGAUUAUAGCUGGAUCGUAUGAUUUGAAUGGUAAUUUGAAAUCUGACAAUCUGUUUGGUAGUUACAAAAUAGAUCCUUUGGGAAAUCUCCCGACAAAGGAAACAUUUAGCAUCGACAAAUGUGCGUGUGAUGACAAAAUAAAAUGGAAAAUAUCUUUCCCGGAAACAAUCAUUAGUCCCGACGAUCUCAUAAGGCAUAGUUGGGCUCAUAUAGAGGAUAGUCAGAAAGCAGCACAUUCCAAAAGGUCUCCGAAAAUGUCUACUCCGAGUCCACAGAGUCUGAGGUAUCGGACAUUUCCGCUGAAAAAGUGA